UUAAUCUUCAGACCCUGGACAAAGUAUCGAAUAUCAAGUUAUGUCAUGUCUGCGAUUAUAAAAUUUCAUUCAAUUUUUGUCUGUAAUGUGCAAAGGUACAUAGACACUAAUAGAUCUAUCUUUUCGAUCUUACAGGACAUGCAAUAAUAAGUGUAAGUGUCGGAGAAAAUUCGACAUAAUAGAUAAUCGAACAACGACCUCGAGCAACGACAACGAUCAACGAACUUUAGAUAUUGAGACUCAAGCAGCCUGAUACCGCACGUUGAGCCGCGGCAAGUCCCAUGUUAACAAUUAACUAGCAGAAACCUGCCUGGGAUCAACAUGCUUAGGCUCACAUUCAGAGGAGCUGCCAUCGGGCUAAUGGCAGCGCUGUGCUGCAUCGCCUUCACUGCUUCACAUCCCCGUCACUUCUCGGGACCACACUCACCGUACGGGUUCGCAGCGGACGCGGCGGCGGUGGUGGGGGCAGAUCAGAGUUCCUUCAGCUGCGCAGAGCUGCAGUACGGCUAUUACGCCGACCAGGCGCUCGACUGUAAAGUCUUCCACAUCUGCAUGCCCAACACGGCACCUUCGGGACGACAACGAGAACCUUAUAGAUUCAGUUUCUUCUGCCCGAACCAAACACGCUUCAGUCAAGACUCGAGAACUUGCAUCGCGCAAGACCGAGCCUUCCCUUGCCACUCGGCACACCUGCUGUAUGGCCUCAACAGCGUCUUCGGUCAGGCGCAACAAGAGGCAGCCAACAAACAACUAAUAGCAAACUCUUCAUUUUCUCCUCGCGCUACAGGGGCUUCAAGUAUCCAAAAAUCUAGAAACUCAAACCCAAGAUCAACUUCAUUACAAACGAAUACACUGCCGAGAGUUCCAGCUCUACAAUCCCUACCACUUACUGAUUCACUAGACGUAUCUAAAAAUUCAGAAUUCACUGACACAGGCAUCACUCAGUCAAGAUCAUCGGAAGACGUCAGUGGUAUUGAUGAUUCAGCUCCGUCCUUCAUAGAUUCAAAACUAGACGCUGACGAAGGUUUCACUCUCUCUUCCAAGCUUCCAAAAAAUAGCGGUAAUGCCCAACUAAGCAGACAACGACAAGAUAUUAAUCCUCGUUCAAACAAUUCACCUCUUGAACAAAGUCCAAGUCUGCCGUCAAGUCUGAGCGAUGUACAUCUUUUGAAUGGUUCCUCCAAGACACGUGCACAGUCGGCGGGAGUUCAGGAAAAUAUUCAGAGCAUCCCUCGUGGAAGGAAAGUAUCGGCAGGUACUCAGCCAAUUCUGGUGUCUCAAAAUUCAUUACCAGAAAUUUCUGAAGAGCCAAUACCUGAACCGGAAUCAGAACCAGAACCUAAACCAGAACCAAAACCAACUGCUUCGUCUGGACUGGUUAAGUCCUCAAAGAGCUCAACCGUUUUGUCUGAGCCUGUGCAACGAAGUGAAAGUCAAACUCCCUCACUCUACAGUCAAACUUCAAUCCAAUCACGCUCGCAACUUAGUCAAAUUCCUUCUAGUCUUGCCCCUCCCAAUGACGCGAAUGCAAAUCCUUCAGUGGUUGUUGAACCCAGUACACCUUUAUCUGCUACAGGGGAAGUUCCUUCCGACAUACUAAGCCAGCAUUCUAACAACAAGCUCGGGAUUAAGGCUACCAACGCCAAUUUCGAAACUAAUGCUGCUCUUCUGUCUUCAAGAGCACAAGCUCCAAAGUUGGCAUUGAAUCUACGACAGCCGGCGGCUAAGAAUCAGUCAAAUUCUGAAAAUAAUGAUGUCGGUACAAAUCAAUUAUCACCGAUAGAAGAAGUCAUUCCUAGUGAUAAGACUGUCUUUGUUAAUCCAAGAAAAAGAGGAGGGAACUUGAGUUCAGCUAAACCUCAGCUAGCAUUAGCCGGAGCAGCAGUCCUUCCACAAAGUCCAAAAAAAAUAUCAUUCGCGUCUUUACAGAACCUUGAUCCUCCAAAUGCCUUGGGAAAUUCUGAAGCUGAAGUGCCGUCAUCAGGAUCAGACCGCGACGCGUAUCUCUCUCAAAACAACUUGUCUACAAACAGAGCUCGAAAUCUUUCGUUCCGCGUGUCAGAUGGUUCCCAGCGGACAUCAAACGAUGAAGGAAAAAUUGGCAUUAAUGUAGCCACUUUCGGUGCCUGGAAGGAACCUAUGUCCUCUCUCCCUCCUCCUCCUCUUUUCCAAAAUCAGCAUGGAAAAAUUGAAGUAUUUGAAGCGCAAAAACCCAAUUUGAAUAAUGAGGAACCGAUCAAAUUGACGGAAAUAAGUUCUUCUGAAGUUUCACUUUCGAUUGGUAACGAAGCUAAGCUAUACAAUCCUGAUAGCGGUUUAACGACUGCCAAAAAAAUUAAUCAAGCUCAAGGGUCAUCUGGGAAGAUUCCAGGAUUUUCACCUGGAAUUCGAAGGGUCAAAGGAAGAGUUAUUGAAGGUUCUUCAGCCAUAGAAGGUGUUAAAAGUACAUCACGGUCAGUCCACAAUUCCGAGGGCACAAGAAAAAAUCGGCCCACGCUCAAUGUUGGUCAUUUUGAUGAGAAUAAAUUUCAUGCAGCAGCACCAACUAUUCCACUAAAAGACGAGCGCAACGGAGGUAAUAAUAGAGGCCCAGAGCAAGUCAUAAAAACACAACCAGAAAGGACAGCAGUGAAAAAUAACGUUCAACUGAUUCCUUCUCAAAAAAUACAGUCCACUUUGGAGGUGCAGUUGCCCCCAAAUCCUGUAACGCAGUCCCCAAAAUCUGGUCAAACUCCCAAUAGUAACCGCGGUAGGAGCCGUAGCAGAGGGCGAGUUCAACUUGUUCAAAACAACAUUGAUUUAAAGGCAAGAGAAAUAGUUACCACGAAGCCGGCGUCACGUGAUUUGAGGGAAAACAUUAAUCCCAACGCAUUAGUGUCCAGCAUUGAAAUUAUGCGAUUUCCUCCAUCGAAAGGACAUGUAGUAAAAUCAUCACAUGACUUGGAAAUAUUGCUGGAUGAUGAUCUGGAUGCGGCGACUGCAAGUUUGCUUGCCGGAAUUCAGCCACCUAGAAAGCCUCGCCAAAAGAAAGAUUCCUCAUCAGUUGAAGCAUCUACAGAUGUUAGAAAUAACGCCAGCAAGAUCAUCGAGACUGAAUUCGGGCUGAGCUUGAACACAGUAACCCCACAAGUUGAGAGAACUAAAUUUUUCAACACACAGCAACAGAUUCCUGCACGUCGAACGGCUGCUCCUAACUCGAAUCAUUUAGGGACUGUAGGCUCAGUAAAUACGACCAAAAGAAAUGGUCAAGUGAAUCCAGAUUUACUUCCAACCACCACCACCACCACGACAACCACUCCAAAACCGAGGACCACUCGCCUGCCCCGUACCACGACAGAAGGUUAUGUAUCCACCAGACGGCCAGUAAAUGAUAAGCGUGGAUCUGUCAAAUUCACACCAUCGCCGUAUCUUGACUUGUCUUGGUUAGGCCCUUCUAUUAGAGAUCAAAUAACGAAUCAUCUCACUAGGGGAAUCAGUGGGAAAAGGAAGACUAGCAUAAAUGAUAUCAAUGGUAAUGCAGAGACAAAUAAAAAAUCCCUAACAGGGAAACAGGGCGAUGCUCACCACACAAGAAACUCGAGAACAUUUGCCGCUAUAAAUACCAAUGUAGCUACAACGACCGUCGCAACGGAGCAGAAAAAAGAAUUGCUGUCAUCGAAUCAUUUGACAGAAUCUCGAACAAUUGACGAGCUAAGCUCAUUUGGACAAAAUAUCCUCAUCCCAGAAGGUAUAAACCAAUCGAGCAGACGUCGGGUACGAAACCAUAGAGUGAAGCUCCGAGUGAAUCCGGUCGACUUAUCUGACGACAAACAGCAGAACGACAUUUCUUCAUCAAUUAUAGACUCAAUCAAAGAAAUUGAUCACAAAGAAAAUAAUUUUGACCAAGUGCAUGAUGAUGGGUCAAUUUCAUCUUCUAGUUCCGCACGCAAUGUUCAGCUUCAAAAAGAUCGUGUCGUAUCGAGUGAUGCGGAGUCCAAGUUGACUAAUUUGACUCCUACUUCAGCAAAUGAAACGCAAACGCCUAAGACUCUCAUAAGUUACGUCCAGGAAGAAGAUGUUUUGUAUGGAAAUUCUGGGUCGUCUUUGAAAGAAACACAAAAGGAUCGAAUGAACAUUUCAUCCACGCUCAAUACCGCCUCAGUUGAUAACCAGCCUGAGAUCGCGUCAAGUGGCAAGGAGGUAGAGCCGGUCGUAGCCACAAAUGCACAUACAUUGGUCUCAAGUAACGGCCAUGAAGACACACCAGAAAAGCCAGACUAUGUGAUAACUGUUGCACCAACUCCAACUACAACUGUUCAACCUACUAAGGAAACAACCGCUAGAAUCGUAAAUAGUAUCGCUCCCUUUCCGACAGAAAUAAGAGGUCACGAAACAGCAUUGCCGCCUCAAGCCCAGAACAAAGCCAGAAGGAAAGUGGUAAAAUUAAACAGGCGACCUCUGCCAGUAUCGAAUGACUACGAGUUAUCUGAAGAACCCAUUGUCACUGAACCAAGUGCUCGUUCUGUAACAGAAAGAACAGCAAGAACUCGGAACAAUGUAUCAGUACCACAAAAUGAGUUAAAAUUAAACCUUGACUUUGAAAAUAACACUUCAGACUACCAAGCGGUAACUGCAAGAAAACGCAUUAGGCAGAGGAGACCGGUGACCUCACUUGCGAAAUUGGAUAACUCAUCCGGAACAAAAGAAGGAGUCAAUACUACAUUACCAGCCAAAGAUGUUCCUUCCCCGCGGGUAUCUCGAGGCCGUGGACGAGUUUUUGCUUUGGUACCAGGGACCGCGUCCACCCAAAAUAAUUCCAUACAUGAGGUAGAGGGAAAAUCAAAAGAGUCAAUAACUUCAAUAAAAACAACGAAUAUUACUACACAGCAUCACAAAACUCAACCAGAAAUACCAGUAAAAGAAUCGAUCUCUACUCUGACACCUAUCCAAGAGUCGAGUCAGCUGCAACGUGGUAAUACCUCAUUGAGUCCUGAAGAUGGUUCUCAAGGCUCACAACUCAGCGAUGAGUCCCAAUACUCAACCACUCAACGUUCCCUACGCAACGAUGAGUCCAAAUACUCAACCACUCAGCGCUCCCAACUAAGAGAUGAGUCCCAUUACUCAACUACUCAGCGCUCCCAACUCAGCGAUGAGUCCCAAUACUCAACCACUCAACGUUCCCUACGCAACGAUGAGUCCAAAUACUCAACCACUCAAAACUUCCAACUAAGAGAUGAAUCCCAAUACUCAACCACUCAGCGCUCCCAACUAAGAGAUGAGUCCCAUCACUCAACUACUCAGCGCUCCCAACUCAGAGAUGAGUCCCAAUACUCAACCACUCAAAGCUCAAUAAGGAUAAAAUCUCGGCGCAUUUCUACCCGGAGACGUUUGAUAUCUGAUGCUCCUUUGAUAUCUCUUGACAGUGAUGAUAAUAAAUUGCACGCGGAAACCAUCACCACUCCAAAAUUAGUCUCACAAAGAGUGAGACCUACGACAAGUCAGCCCCAAGUUGAUCAUACGAAUGCUUCUCAUUUUUCAACCACUGAACCGGAAAAAUCAUUUCCAAAUUCUGAAGUACCCACGAAGCAUAGCAAAUCAAGAAACAGAAGUCAAAUUUCAUCGCCUGAUUCAUUGAAUUUGUUACCAGAAGCUUCCGUGGCAAAUAAAUCAAACGAUCGAUCCAACGUAAUACCAGAGUCCUUCUCGAGCACCCAACAGAGAACGAGGGAGUCUAAUAAGCAGCAGGAGACGUAUUCAACAAGCUCAUCCAAAGCCACAACCACUGCAUCUGAGGAAUCCUCUUCAACGACUGAAUUAAUCAACAUACCGAAACGAUUAAGGACCAGGACUAGGGGUCAAGUUGCACCGAACCUCUCUACCAUAACAUCAGACAAAACUGAGAAGGACCAAAAUUCAACGAUCCCGUCAACACCUCCUCAGGUCCCAGCUCCUACUUAUCCUGUGAGACGAACUUCUCGAAGACGCUUGAUAACGACCAAAGUUGCAGCGGGUCAAAAUGCUUCUGAAGUUAAUCAAACCGAAGCUCGUAAUAAGGUUGAACCCGGAAAUUACCAACAUGUGUUUGAAAAACAAUCUGCGACUGACGAAAAAAUUCUUCUGAAGCAAGAAAGGACACACGUGAAGGACGGUGGAGAGGAAAACCUUCGAGACAAUGAAACGUUUUCAUCUGUAACUACUUCCACAGAAAAAAUUUCGACCACAACUUCUAUAAAUUUCUCAGACUUAUUCAAAAAUAUGAAAAACACGUCGGGUGAUGAUUUAGACGAUGAAAUUCAAACAAUCUCUGAAUCGCAGAAUACUCGAAGAACUGCUGUAAGACGACGAAUAAUUAAUGAACUCUCAGGAACUCCAUGGGACAAAACAAGGGAAGAAGAAAAUGCAGCAGUUAAACCAAAUGUGAGUUCCCCAAGUUCACGUUUGUCUAUUAGAGUCGGCGAAGACAUUCCGCAAGUUCAUACAGAUGAUGUAACUAAACAGAACGUCGGCCAUCAAGACGCGUACGUAGCCAAUCAAAUAAAUAAUCGUGAAAAGGAAGACCAAAAUUCAAUUCAAGUCCACUCGAACAAAGCUAACACUGAAAUUUCAAACCCAGAUUCAGAGAAAACUAUUUUACAAGAUUCAAUUCCAUCCACUCAUUCUUCAAUAAUUAAUGUACGAGCACAGAAAAGGCGUUUGAUUAAGAAAGUAAAAUUGGCAUCAGCCGAAGUCCCAAGAAACUCUUUGGAUUCGGUAGUCGAAACUCUUCGAUCAGCGACAUCGAACUCAACUAUCAUGAGUAAUGAGCUCAAUAUUCCAGGACUUAAACCAGGAGCACAAUUGAGAAUAGUCGGCACAAGCGUCAAGAAAAGUGUUUCCACGAGCUCUUCUUCCAAGUUCAACGAAAAUAAUGACUUGCCGAAAAAUGUGAAAAACUUGAGCCUCCCUACGGGACCUGAAGAAACAGGAAGUCCACGCAAAUUAACUUCGAGGAAACGCAUUAAUCGGAAAAUCGCAGUGGAUCACGAUUUGGAUGCGUCUCAGGCCUCAGAAUCGCGCUUACUUAAAACAACAAUAAUUCGACGAAAACUUGGGGAGCGAAGCUAACGACUGCGCUAAAGAAGCGAAAAAUUGACCUCCUGUGCAUACGUAUAAAGAACUCAAAUUGUUGGAGACUGCCCCUAAUUAUCUAUAAAUAAUCGAGCUUUUUCUUUUGUAGAUAAGGUACUUUUUUCUCUGUAAAUAAUGUUCUUUAAUUGUGUGAAUAUCUGUGGAUAUAGAAAUAUUCAUUAAUUUACAGCGUGGCUCGCACGUAAUUCAGAGUUUCUUCCGAAUGCUAUUUGCCUUUUUCAGUAUUGUAACAUUUAGCCGUUGAAAACAACUCGUGUUCGCAGUUUUCUUUGCUUUAAACAAGAAAAUGAAUGAAUUCAAAGUUUUUCUAGUGCCAAUCGAAGAAAAAAUUCUAAAAAUACCGCUGAUGCCCCUAAUAUUCACACUGCCUGCUUAGGCAAUACACUUUUUGCAUGAAAAUAUUCACUUCGAGCUUCCAAGUUUAAGCAAGUUUUCCUUCUGGUCAACUUCUGAAGCUGGCGCAUCGGUAAGACCAACUGUUAAUAUUUUCCACGCUUUAAAUUAAAAAUCUUAAGGAGUCUAAAUCCCAUUGAACUGAGCCACUCUCAAUCAAAGACUGCCAUACUUGAAAUCUGAAUGUUUUUUCCCGAUGAGAAAGCUAGCCUCCGCAAUAUUUUUUAAAAUAAGUUCUUGAAUAACUUCAACAUAGGUAAAUUUUCCUUUAUCACCAUAAUGUUAUUCUGGUUUACAUAAAUAUUAGAUUUCUAUUCCUUGACACUAAAUUCAGUUUCGUCAGUUGUGAUUGAAUUAAAUACGCUUAUUUUUUAAA